GGGAGGGGGCGUGGCCUCGCCCCGAUUGGGCGGGCUUUAGAGAGGCCACGCCUCCCACCGGAACCCCCCCGCUUCCGCCAGGCGGUGGGCGGGGCUUGGCGUCGGGUGCGGCAUGGCGGGUGCGCGGRGAGGUGCUCUGUGAGGAAAGUCGGUGCCUGCCUGCCACCUGCUUUGCUUCCAGGGUUCUUUCGUACAGGGCGGUUGGCAGUUGUCGCUCUGCUGCAUUUUUGUAUUUUUACAGUAAAAUGUAACUACCUUCUAGGCGAGAGCUUGUGUUUUCACUUAGUGCCUGUAUCUUGCUUUCACUGGUGCUGUGACUUGCCAUUUCCUACCUAAGUUUCCUAUGAGAUGUUCCUAUUCAUUUCCGCUUAGUUACGUAUAUUACUCAGUGUGUCGGUAUUCCUGCCUAGAAAUCUCGUUUACUAACUGGGCUUGUUCCUGGWAUCCUUUUCUUUUUGCCAGAUGGCGCGGUGAUCUCACACCGUUUGCAGGGUGAGGCAGCCUCUCACUUCAAUUUGGUUGAAAUUGCAAUGCAAAUUGGUACUAGCAAAAAACAAUAUAUGUAGUACGGUGGUUCCUAACUCCUCUCCGAGGUCCGUAUUGGGUGCUCAUUCGCGUUUCCCGAAAUGCGACAUUAUGAGUGUGAGAAGCAGGGGGAGUGAGAGCUUUUUGGUUUGGGGUCGAAGUUUUUCGUGUUCCCACACSCCAUGCAUAUUCUUCUGUAUUAACUAUACCACGCCCGGUUAACGCGGAUUUCUUGGGGCUGCCAGGAGGUGUCAGCAGUGAUUCAGUUGUUUGCAAUUUCCUCUUCUCAGCCCCAGGGUUCCAGUGCUGGUAAUAGUGGAGUAAGAACAGGAGGUCACAUGGAGAAGUCUUAAAGGAUGGAAGGCCUCAUGGUGGCUGAAGCGAUAGGGAGAAGGUGGGGACUGUCAGGCUGUUUUGAAAUACCUGUGUUCYAUAAUGAUGGUUCUGUUUCUUUCCCUCCCUGUAGCCAAAAGUCAAGUCUAUGAUUCAGGAAAGAAAAAUCUUUGCAGAUAAAGUGCCAGCACUUCAACAGGAUUGAUCCUUAUCAGCAGCUGAUGAUUAGUAGUCUUUUGAGAGAGAGUAGCUUGGUUUCUUUGGUUGACAUGUUUCUACCCUGAUGUUCAAGUUAUGGAGUGAUUCCUUUCAUCAUCUGUAAGCAAAAUAGCACUGGCUAUCAACAGAGAUUGCUAUGAGUUCUUUGUUUUCCCACUGAAGUCAUAUUGGUUCAAACGUGGUACACACAGAUGGAAGCUUUGGGGUGGCUGACAGUUUGGGGUGUAUGGUUUGUAAAUUUCAAGUGAAAGGGAGGUGUUAACUUCAGCCCAGCACCUUUGGACUUGUUGGGGCUUAAGUUUCUGACUAAUUUUACAGGUGAAAGUUUCUGGUACCUGUGGCAUCUUUGCUACCUAGAUGGUUAGAUAAGCACUGUAUAGAUAGGUUGGUUUGGUUUUUGUUUUUUUUUUUUAUCUAAGGACAUGUAUAUACUUCCUUUAUAUGUUUUUCUUACCAUAAGUGUCUGAAUACUUGAAUUUGUGUUGUGUUAAUUGUUGAAAUGUUAAUUCUUUAAGAGACAGUAGCAUCACAGCCUCUUAGGCAGCUCUGGGUAGGAAGAUGAAGAUUAAAAUAAAUGUGGCCAUGAUCAGCUGUCUCUUGCAACAGCUCCCUUUCAGUUAGCACCUCUUCUGGAUGGCUCAUUUUUACAGCUGGUGUGGAAAGGCUGUGACUAAGAGAAGAGGCUUUUUGGACUGUAUUGGAGGGGUUUUGUUUUGAACGUUCUUCUCGCUGCCAUUUUUUUUAGCUUUGGAUCUACACCGUGUGGAGAAUAAGAAGAUAAAUUUUCACUUGACUUUGUGGUAUUUUGUGAGUCCUUCAGCAAGAAAAUCUGAGGGAAUUUUUAAUUUCUGGUUUCAAAAUGAAGUUGAUACUUUGCAUCAUUGUCUCAGGGGCAUAAUAUAAGGUAUAAUACAUUCUUGGUUCCGAAGUCUGUAUUUUCAAACCUAACACAGUUAAUUUUUGCCUCCUGUAACAUUUGCCCAUUCUAUGGCAUAUGAAGCCGUGUUAAGUAAAGUCAUUCAUACAUUACUAAUUCUGCUUAAGCUUUGUCACUUCAUUGUGCUUUGCAUUCUGGGCAAGAAGCCUGGGUGCUCCAGAUCCAUCUCACUGGGGUUUUACCUCAUUGACUCAGCCAGUUGCAAGUCUUCAUCGCAAGGUAUUUUUAUGUGUCUUGUAAAAGCACCAAGAAGAGACUUGUCAUGCCUCAGCUUGAAGAAAAAGAUGUUUUACUAGCUCUGUCAUGGUGAUAUCAUUUAGCCAUUUUAGUGGAUGGAAAAAACUUUUUCUGUUAUGAACUCUAGCCAUGGGAGUCAGCAUAUAGUGACAUAAGCUUGCAGAAUAAACUUUUAACUCUCAUCCCUAUUGACUGUGUAAUUUCAUUUUACACAACAUUCUUAGGCACCAAAAUAUACUUUACACAGAAAUAAGAAAAAUUAAACCACUUCUACUUAGUCAAAAUUAAAAGCUGACAAGAAGGGGGAAAUAAAAGGUGAUUUCACUGUUUUUAGAAACAAUUUUUUUUUUUUGAGAAAAAAAUUAAGUCAAACCAUUAAACAGAAAGUUAAAGACAGCCUAUAACUUAGAAUAAAAUUAACCAUUUUGAGAGGAAUUCAAAUUGAUGAUGAAAGACUUACAGCUCAAGYACUGUUUUUAUUUAGAGAUAUCUAUUUUAUAAGAACCUAUGAUACUUUUGCAGUUCAUUAAGGAAAAGGUUAAUUAUAAAAACUGCAAAAAUACCAGGUUCACUUACAUGAAUUUAGAUUAAUAAGGUGGUUGCACUGCCUACUAGAGAAAUAGCAAAGUUAGUUGGUCAAGCUAGUUGAAAUACAAAAGCAUAGUUCCUGUGGUACCACAGUCCUAAGGAAAGAGGCCGACUUAGUUGCUAAAGAGCGAAUCUGUUCUGUAGACAUGGUUGGCAAUGAAAGAAAUCACUUGGACCCAGGAAAGGAACUAUACAAAGGGAAAGAGGUGCAAAAUGAGAAGACUCUUUCCAACUUUCACUGGUACAGCUGUGUCAGUACAUAAGGCCAUCAUAAAUUAUGCUUAAGUAUCCUUAUGAAGAAGCAGUGUGUAAGUGCAUUUUGGCAUUACUUCCCCCUCAUAAUUUCCUAUGUCUUUUUGCAGGAGGUCAUUUGUGGUGUUGCCGAAUGGCUUGUAGGGCGUGGGUUGUGAGUGUUCUUUUAGUGUAGAGCCCAGCAGGUUAGUUUUAACUUAUCAACAGUUUAAAUUGCCAGAUUUUGAACAGAGGAAUGUAUCAAUAGACAUUCCUUCCCGUUGAUUUCCAGGAAGGGAGGGAGAGGGGCAGGAACCUUUAGCUGAGGAAUGGAAUGAACAGCUGGAGGGCAUAACUUUUUAAACUUCUGGGGGGCAAGAUUCACUAGAGUUUGUCUGUUAGCAGGCUAUGUGUGCCUGCUGUCUGACACGUUUCUGGGUUUAGCAAUAUCUCUCAGCACACACAUGACUUAUUUUGGAAUCUCCUGUAAUACUCUUAAUAGUUAUGUUAGGUAUCCAAAGAGGAUUGCAACAAAUACUGUAAAUAAACUUACUAUGUUUCUAGCAGAACUCAGAUUGAAUUCACUUGUCAGCACAUUGGUCAUACCUGCUUCCCUUCUGCGUAGAACUUUGCUGCCAGUGAUUACAUAGACUGGUUAAGCAGAUCAAGCAUGCUGGUAUCAGUGUGGCUGAUAGCAGGAUUAAUUGAUACCGAAUUUGGAGUUGAAGGAGCAUCUAUCCACAUGAUGAAAAGCAGCUAUCCAGUGGUGUAUAACAAAGGGAUACAGAUUUAAGAUUACUAUGUUAUGUUUUAAUGACCUGAGAAAGUUAGAAAACUAGAAUUUCAGAAUCACUUAAAUAUCUGUUACUUUUCAUGCUUUUAAAUGCAUGUCAUAUGGAGAAUGUGUGUUACGUGUAGAGAUAUAUUGACUGACAUUUACUCCUUGACCAGUAAUUCUAUUCUCUGGAAAUCCAGACUUACAAGUCUGUAUCCUAAAGCUAUUUUCUAAGAUAGGAGUAGUAUUUUCAACAGGAAAGGCAAAACACCUCAAUUAAAUAGUUUAAAAUUCAUUAAGAGUUAGCAGUAGAGUAAGGAAUUUUUUCAUGAUGUUAGAAAAGUUGCAGCAUUCAGGUGCCAGAAUAACUUGAUUUGUAUAGAGCUUAAACUAUAUCAGACCAAUAAUUGUAAUACACUGGAGAAGAAAAGUACUACUGUACCACCCGAAGGUGUGAAUUUGAACUUUCUAGAGCAUUUUGAGAACUGAUGGAAAUAAUGUGCUGUACCAAAAUGCAGAGAGAAAGUAUAUAUGUAACACAACUUUUAUAAGAGUAUUUUUUUUCAUUAAAAUCUUUUUAAAGGAACUGUUAUGUUUCAUGGUAUUAUUAGAGAAGACAAAUGGUGUCUAAAUUUGUCGCUGUUUAAUGGAAUGGGUGUCAAAAGCCAGAGCACAACCAAGAGGAGAAGUGUUUUAAGAUGCUCUCAUUUUUCCCUGUUGUGCUGCUAAAGAUGUCAUUUCAUUGCAUUUUGAAACAGACUUUUGGCUAAAGUCUUUGAUUGGGUUAUCAGUAUAUUAGCAGGAAUUAUGGGAAUGCAAAAAUUUAAAUAAAACAUAACUUCGGUGAUGAGUUAUAACUUCAUGCUGUAUGGUUUGUGUAGAUCCUAGAUAGAUAUGGYGUUCAGCAAGAAAAACUGCAAAAAGGAGAUAUGGGCCUUUCAUUUGUUUCGUUUACAGUGUUGUGUUUGUUUCUAUUGGCAACACAACUCUCAGAUGGUUGUGCUGAUAACAUGACUAUCUCAUGAUGCUCAAGUAAAUCUGUAGAAUUCAUAAGGGCAAUAACGGGGUGCAGUGAAAAAGCAAUUAGAUCUGAACCAAGUUUCAUCUUUUCUGUAACAAAGUUUGUAUUCUCUCACUUUUUGUCUUUUUAUUCUCCCAAAACAGUAGCACCAAGUCUGUGCUUCAACCACCUCUUCAUAUUUUAUGAAGAGUAGUAUUUGGGUUGUGCUAAUGAGCUUGAGUUCCUGUUUGGAAAAGGACACAACAGCUGUUUGAUGUUUUCCAGUCACUCCAGCUUCUGAAUUUCUUUUAGCUGUCAGAUUGAAAGAAAUGAGUAAAAUUUAUAAUUGCAAUUGGCUGGAAGUGCCAUGGGGAGAUGGAGAUUUAGGUUCUUGGGCAGAUCGCUCACCUCUGCAUGAGGCAGCCAGUCAAGGACGUCUUCUUUCCCUAAAGACUUUAUUGUCACAGGGGUACAAUGUGGACACGCUAACAAUUGACCAAGUAACUCCACUUCAUGAAGCCUGCCUGGGAGAUCAUGUAGGAUGUGCAAGAAUCCUCCUUGAAGCAGGAGCAAAUGUAAAUGCUACAACAAUUGAUGGAGUGACACCUUUAUUUAAUGCCUGUUCAAGAGGCAGUGCAGCAUGUACUGAGCUCCUGUUACAGUAUGGUGCCAAAGCUCAGUGGGAGUCCUGUCUGCCAUCACCAACACAUGAGGCAGCCAGCAGAGGUCAUAGUGAAUGUCUGGAGGUCCUGAUAUCCUGGGGUAUAGAUGUUGACCAAGAUCUUCCUCAUUUAGGAACACCUCUGUAUGUAGCUUGUGUUUCACAGCAGAUCCAUUGUAUUCGAAAGCUUCUUUAUGCAGGUGCCAAUGUACAGAAAGGAAAGUAUUUGCAAACUCCACUCCAUGCAGCUGCCCAGCAUUCUAGUACAGAGAUUGUAAACUUACUCCUUGAAUUUGGGGCAGACAUAAAUGCAAAAAAUUCAGAUUUUGAGAGGCCUGUUGAUUUAUCUGCUCCAAGCAGUUUAGUGGAGAGACUGCUGCUCUUCCACGAAGCCACACCAUCUUCUCUUUGUCAGCUCUGCCGACUAYGUAUCCGAAAUUACAUAGGAAGAACUAGACUGCACCUUGUUCCACAACUCCAGUUGCCAACAAUACUUAAGAAUUUCUUACAGUACAGAUAACACGAUAAUUGUGAAAAACUUAAACAUAGCAAGUACUUUUUCUUCUGUUUAUUGUUUUAUCUAAAGAACUGCUGAGCAGAAUAAAAAAGCCUUUUGCAUAUUGCUUAAAAGAAUUGUAUCUUUGACACUUAGUGUUUGUAAUGUAAUAGUAAUUGGGAGCCAUUCAGCAACUAGUGCCAAGGUGCCAAUCCAGCUGAAUUGAAUGUGUGCUGAUACUCUGGGACAUGAUUUAUCUUAACUGUUACUCAAUAGCUUUAGUACUGUUAACUUUAAUUGUGCUUAUGUUUUUAAAUUCUGUUUGAAUCACCUGAACCACAAAGAGUUUCUUCAUUGUUAUUUGUUAAAUUUGUCCAUUUGGAAUCAGUGUGUUUUUAAAUUUCUGUUGUUCAUGUACCUAAAAAUACUUGGUCAUGAGUGCACUAUAUACAUUGAUAAAAAUAAAACAAAUAAAUGUCACUUCUUUCUCCUUUUCUUUAUAUAGAAAAUUCAUUAAUCACAGUGAGAAACCUCCUUUACUCUUCCUCACUGCCUUUGCUGUGAAUUGUAAUUAAACUGGUGUGAAUAUAAAAAAAUUGAGGUUAUAGAAUUCUGGUUAUUGUACAAUUAGCAACUUUAAAAAUUCCAGAGGAAUAUUUAUCAAAAGCCUUAAUGCUGAGAUACUUUUGAUCUCUUGUAAAACAGAAUUACAUUGGCACUUUCCUUAUCUUUUUGCAACAAUGGUGUAUAACAAGCAUUUAAUGGCCAUAAUCAAUAGUUAUUUGCCUCAGAGAAAGACAUAUUUUAAUGUCUGGUAUCUGUGAAGUUUCUAAAGGCAUAUCGUGGAGAUGUGGAUACUGAAUCUUCAAGCUCAGGUUCAGGAGGUGAAUGCAAGGUUUCAAAAAUACUUCAGUUUUCUGUACUGGGAUAGGUAUAGCCCUUGGAAGGACAUUACUUCUCUUUCUGACUGUUUUGUAAACAAUUACCCAGCUCCAAAAAUCCUGUUGCAAAAUCCCAGAAUACUCUAGCUGGCAUUUUGGUCAAAAGUUGGAAUUGUUCAACUCUAGCCAGAGAAGGAAUGAUGACACCCCCAAGAGACAUUAGAAAACCCUAAGGCCUUGCUCAUGCCCUUGCAUUUUGAUGAUUGUGAUCUUACUGCAUUUUCAUGUAGUAAGAUCACAAUCAUCAUUUCCCUCUUCUCAUUUGGUAGUCACCUUCCUUGUAGUCACCUUCUCAGUGACUGAUACUCAAUUCCUGCAAACCAAAGCAUGGAACAUCUGAAAACUUGCCUUUUGCCCUUUGUGAUUCACCCUCUUCCAUUCAUUUUCGGUGACUCCUUUCAGUAUUUAUGCUUCUACUGGAAAGAUGCUAAGUGCUAACUAUAGAGGAAGUUUUUUACMAAGAGGAAUGCUUACUCGGUCACUAAAUUAUAUGCACCUAAUAAAAAAAUGCAGCUGUCUCGACACCGUGUUAAAUAGCUUUAUUUGCUUCUGUUCCCUGCAAAAACUCUAGUUAGGGAUCUUUUCUGGAGUUCAAAGGAAAGUCAGAUAUAAAUAUGAGGAGCUGCU